GCCUCCCACAGCUGUUCAAAGAGCAUCAGUGCCUAAGCUCCAGCUUGACCCAGGACAUGGGCUGUCCUCCCUACAUUAGGGCUGAGAGGGACUUCACAACAGGUGGCAGAGAAGCACAGGACAGACACAGCACGGGCAGCAGAUGACCCACAAACAAAAGCCUGAUCUGACUACAGGAUCAAAGCCUUGGCAUUUUUAGUCUUUUUCAGGAGUGCUUUCUUGUAUUAAGGCUGAGAGAAUUGGAAUUGUUCAGCCUGGAGAAAGAGAAGGCUUCAGGGUUACUUAAUUGUGACCUCCAGUUCCUACAGGGAGCCUAUGAGGAGGAUGGAGAGAGACUAUUUACAAAUGCCUGGAGUGACAGGAAAAGGGGGAAUGACUUCAAACUGACAGAGAGUAGGUUCAUCUAUAUCUCUUUUACUGAAAGGUCUGCAAAAACAUCCAUGUUCUCACAGAAAACAGGCAACUGCCUUUUUGUUUUCCAGGAAGAAAUUUGAGCAGAUGGGUGAAAAGAAUUACUAAAUAACACAAAGUGCUGGUCUGAAACUGGCCGGAGACUCCUUACUAACAGCAAAAGUCCCUUGAUCCCUCUUUGCAGAGCACAUGGAACAGUCGGUCACUGGUUUGCAGACAUGGAAAGUGUAGGAGCGAGGAAAGCAAUCAGGAAUUUUGCAUCUGUCCAAACAGCACCAUGGCAAUUGUUUGGCAAAAAAACAUCCCCUGGCUCACGUUCCUGGCAGAAUUGACAGCAUCCUCACCACUCCAGAGAUUGUCUCUUCCCGUGCUGGUUCAGCCUUCAGUGCAUCCAUGGAGCACAGUGCACAGUGACUGAGCCCAUCACCCCAAGGCAAUGGUUCUGCUGGUGGCAGUAGCAGAAGUGCUGUUGGUGCUGGGUUUGGCUGUGGAGUCCCACUCACUCUGCUCACCCACCGCCUUUUACAAGAACUGCUGGAUCCGACGCUUCCCAGGCCUUCUGAUUGACCUGCAGGAAUCACAGAGGAGGGGAGCCCGGAUGCUGAAGGUUUAUGCAGAAGUCUCACCCCAACAGUGCAGCAGAACCUGCUGCCUUCUGAAGAAUGUUUCCUGCAAUCUAGCAGUGUUCUACCAUGGAGCCAUCCAUGAGAAUAGGAAUUGCCUGCACAUGUCUUGCCCAGCAUUGGAAAGCUGCAUCCUGAAGGCUGGAAUCAAUGCCAUUUUGUACAACAUCACAACAGGGAUUGAUCCAGAUCUUCUUAUUUUUGAAAAACUGACAUCCAAAGAGCCAAAUAUUCACUCCUCACUGAGUGAAUACAAAAGGCAGAAUAUCACAAAGACCACCGAGGGGGAAAGAUGCCAACACCACAAUGCCACAUCAAGUUCUCCUCUGCUCCAAGCUCCAGCCUCUACCACGAGCCAUGGCUUAACAUUAAACACUUACACCUCCAGCACAAGCCUCAUGGUCCAAAAAAACAAAGUUACUACUUAUUCCAGGGCAGAAACUUUUCCAACAGAUGACCAAUUUGCUAAGAGGACAAGCACAACUUCAGUAAGCACCAGGCAAGCCACCAGCUCAGACAAGAAGACCGAGCACUCAACUUUGACAUCCAGGUCUGCCGAUGGAGUAUCCCACAUGCCCACUCCUCCUCGUCUGAACAGCAGCAAGCAACACUUGAAUGAAACCAAAGGCUACAGUGGUAGGAAUUCUACUUCGGAAAAUGAGGCACCUGCUUGGGAAGUGUCAGCUUUGGGAGUCUGGUUGAUUCCUGUUGUUCUUUGCUCUUCUCUCCUCUGCCUUUGCUGUUGCACUGUUGCUCUCACGACAGGGCGCUGCAGCAGCAGGAGAGGUCAGUAUAAGCCCAUAAGGAGAAGAACAAAAAUGUCAAGACAAUUCAUAAAAUAUACUACUGUCAAAAGUAAUUUGUAAAACGCUUGUCAGAAUCCUUUCUAUGGAACAAAUAGGCUUUUAAAAAUGCAUCCUAUAUACCACUUUAUUUCUUUUACAGAAGUAAUGAUAUUUUUUCAUAAUAUUUCAGUUAUAAUUUAAUUCUUGUCAGAUGAAACACAAUUCCCCUGCCUCUUUAGCUAAGAAGUACACACUCAUAGCUCCCACUGUGUGCUCAGAGGUGUUCAACCAUGUUUUGGUUCAUAAUCUGAUGCCAAGUGAUGUCUAACAAACAGUGUAACACUUUCCCUAACUUAAGAGAGCAGGUUCGCUGCAGCUGUACCUAUUAGCAUGUCUAUGUGUCAGAAUAUUGUUUAAUUAGUAAGAUUAAUGCAGUGUUCAAAGACUAAACCGAUGAGGUUGUAAGGCCACGUGAAUACCUAGUUACAGCUGAGCAGAUUUCAGAAGAAAAGACCUCUCUAAAAUUAUAUUUUAGUCCACAUUGAUCAGCACUGGAACUUAGAAAACUGGAGUUUAAAAAAACCCCUUUUUUAUAGUAUUUUAUUGACAUCAUAUGCUAAUUUGUAUGUAAUAGAAGAGAGACUGACACAGGAUAAGAACAUUUUAGAAGAGUAGUGUUAUUUAAUCAGUUGAAAUAACACAAAAGAAAAUUCUUCUAUUUCAGCUAGAAAACUUAGAAUUAGGUAUGACUUGUUUUUAAGGGCAGUCCUAUGCUUAUGUAUAAAGUGAUAAAAACUCUAUAGGUGUGACCACUGCAUGAUGUACUUUAAAUUUGAACAGCCUUUUAUCAUCAAAUUGUACUUUCCUAAUUCAUAAUGUGGCUGAAUCUAGUCUAAAUAUCACAAAAAAUUUCAGCUAAGAAUGAUGAGACCUCAAGGGCUCUUCUGAGUUACAGUUGACAGGUAUUCUUUUCUAGUUUUUUGACACCAAAAGGAAAGGAGCUAGGAGGAAACAAACAAAAUACUCUAUAUUUUAUCAAAGGAUGAAUGUGGUGACAUUGUAAAUAAAGAAUGUUUAUCAUCAUCUUAGGGUAAUCUUCAUGGACCUGACCCCAAAAUGUAAAAGUCUCAGGGGUGACUCCUUUU